UUCAUACUAGAAAGUUUCUGAGAUGCUCCCCAUAGAGAGAGACUAGACCGUUCCUCGGCUCUGGGUUUUAGAGAGGGAUAGAGCGAUAGAGAAUCAUAUUUUGUUUCCAGGGUAGAGAAAAAGAGAGCCAAAUUUGGCUUUCUUCAGGCGAUAGGUAAGACAUGUCGCCCAAUAAUGGGUUCGAAGGCAUACCAAAGUGCUAUAUAUUUAAAAGCCGGUUACAAGAAUAUGCACAGAAGGCAGGGAUUCCUACUCCUGUUUAUGAGACUACAAAGGAGGGUCCUUCCCAUGAGCCAAGCUUCAGGUCCACAGUCAUUGUGAACAAUAUCGGAUAUGAUUCUUUGCCUGGAUUUUUCAAUCGUAAGGCGGCAGAACAGUCAGCUGCAGAAAUUGCUCUUAUGGAAUUAGCUAAAUCGGGGAACUUGAGGGAAUGCAUCUCAAACCCAGUGGUUUGUUUUUUCUUUCUCAUUAGUAUAUAAUGGCAUAUUGAUGCAUAAAAAGCAUGGCUUAAUGACGUGUGAAUAUUUCAAGGGCCUACCUUGAUGUCUGUAUUUAAUGCCAUCAUGAAUUGCUAAUGGAGUCACCUCUAAUUUAGGACAUA